ACCCUUUUAAUUGACGCAGCGGCCUCUCCCGACCGGCAUUUGUUUUCAAAAUGGCGGCAAAAUGCUUCCACCCCUGGACGCUGAACUUCACCUUGGCGUCGCUGGUUCUUCUCUCCUUCGCUGGGAUUUUCCUCAACAAUCACACGCUACUCAAAACCACGUACAGGAUUCCCAUUACUCAUGCUGACUCUAACGCAAGUGAACAGCAUGGUGGCUUAACCUUACUGCAACGUGGCGGUCUAACCAACGCCAAAGAACCAGCUGAUCAUUGCAAUACUCUCCCCUGCAACGACGAGUUUGCAGAACCUGCCAGUCUAGCAAGCCUUACUAGCCUCAACUACAACCGUUCCUCGAUUCUAAGCCAGAGUUUGGGGGGAGAACGCCAAGGGAACAGCCGAGAAAAUGGCGAAGACUUCAGUGAAAAAGCGCCGACACGCCCGGGAGGCCACGCAGGGAGCAACAGUCUUCAUUAUUCAUCCACGGAAGUCCGGAAAUUGGAAAAGAAGGAAGACGAAGACAAAGUCACCGGUGGUCAUCCACGCACCCGAACGCAGUCAGAGCGGACUUCCAAGCUGCUCGUGUUGUUUUGGACACCGUUUUGGGAUCGGCGAGACCUAUGGGAGCCGACGAUAACACGUCAUGGUCGGCUGAAGGAGUCCGGGUGCCCCACGUGGAGCUGCGAGUAUGUGUGGAAGUGGGCGGAAGUGAACCAGCGAGAGGAGGAGGCGGCCUUCGUGUUCUUCAGCAGGGACUUCUACGACGUCCCUCCCGCCGCGUCGCGCGCACCAGCACUGGAUCUGGAUGGAGCUGAGGUGGCGGGACUGCGGUUGAUUUGCUCUUCGCUCCGCCCAUCGGCGCCUUCUAGUGCCCUAGCUCCGCCCAUCGGCGCCUGCCAGGCUCCGCCCGCCAGUCGGCGCCUAGGCCUUAAGGCUCCGCCCUUAGGGCUCCGCCCAUCGGCGCCUUCUAGUGCCCUUUUCUCCUCCAGCUCCGCCAUCGGCGCCAGUGCCAGGCUCCGGCCUUCUAGGCCUUUCUCCUCCAGGCUCCGCCCAUCGGCGCCUUCUAGUGCCCUUUCUCCUCCAGGCUCCGCCCAUCGGCGGCCCUUAGGCUUUUCUAGUGCCCUUUUCUCCUCCAGGCUCCGCCCAUCGGCGCCUUCUAGUGCCCUUUUCUCCUCCAGGCUCCGCCCAUCGGCGCCUUCUAGUGCCCUUUUCCUCCAGGCUCCGCCCAUCGGCGCCUUCUAG